AUGGCCGCACCGCAAGCGGGCAUUACGACCAUCGCCGGGCUCAGCCCGAGCCUGAGCGGCGCCUGCAGUCUGCCGGCGCUGGUGAUCGCCAAACAGGACCCCAGGGUGAUGCCCAGCAAGCGGGUGCUGCUCCAAAGCCCGGUGGUGGUGAUCCGCCAACCGACGGACGUGGACGAGAACUACCGGCCGCACGCCACCAGUCCGUUCUCGCUGAAGCUGAGCGAGAACAGCUCGGCGGUGACGCUGUUCGAGGGCGACGACCUGCAGUACCGGCAGCUGUUCAGCCUGCCUCACUCUCGGCUGGUGAUGCCCAGGCGGGUGUGCCAGCCGCGGGACGUGAGCACGCGCCAGGGCCGGCAGCUGCAGAGCUGCGAGCUGCGGCUGAUGGACCCCAGCUGCGCCAGCUUCGGCCUGCAGCUCUGGGACUCCGAGUGGAUCCGGCUGGCGCAGCAGUGGACGCCGUGGGAGACGGUGCUCUACGUCACCGACUGCCGGGUCAAGUACGACACGUACCGGCAGACGGCCGUGGGCGUGGUGAGCUCGCAGACCGUGCUCACGCCCAACCCGGCCCUGCCGGCCGCGCAGCAGCUGGCGCAGUUCGCGCGCCGCGUCCGAGCCGAGCGUGCCCAGCAGUUCACGGCCGAUGAAGAGUUUGACGUGUCGGCCGUGAAGGACCACUGCUCGGUGCUGGAGCUGGAGCAGCGGCUGCUGGCGCUGACUGACGUCACCGCCAGUCACGUGGUGCUGGUGCCGGCUUUCGUCACCUGGCUGCCGCUCGACUCGGACCGAUACAAGAUCACCAAGUGGUGA